CAUUUUAAAUUCUGUCUACAUUUAAUUUUUCAACAUUUUAAAUUCUGUCUACAUUUAAUUUUUCGACAUUUUAAAUUCUGUCUACAUCUAAUUUUUCGACAUUUUAAAUUCUGUCUACAUUUAAUUUUUCAACAUUUUAAAUUCUGUCUACAUCUAAUUUUUCGACAUUUUAAAUUCUGUCUACAUUUAAUUUUUCAACAUUUUAAAUUCUGUCUACAUCUAAUUUUUCGACAUUUUAAAUUCUGUCUACAUUCAAUUUUUCGACAUUUUAAAUUCUGUCUACAUUUAAUUUUUUGA